AUGGAGGCUAAGACUAAGAUGUCUGAGUUGCUGCCAUUCAUAAUGAUGGUGAUUAUGGAAGGUUGGACCAUAGGACUCACCAUUUUUGCAAAAACUGCAAUAACCAAUGGAAUGAGCCCAUUUGUGUUCAUAGUUUAUACCAAUGCUUUGGCCACUGUAAUACUGUUCCCUUGUUCCUUUUUAUCACACCAAGAUGACAGAAAGGAGCGGCCAACUUUUACUUUCUCUUUGUUCAUGCGAUUCCUGUUCCUUGGCUUUAUAGGGAUAACCAUGGCUCAGAGCUUUUUAUUCCUGGGUCUAAGUUAUAGUUCGCCAAUACUUGUGUGUGCCAUGGGACAAUUGAUUCCAACGUUUAACUUUCUUCUCUCUCUCAUUCUCAGGAAGACAGAGCUGAAUUUAAGAAGCACUGGUAUCCAAGUCCAAGUAAUUGGUAUCUUGGUAUCAAUAAUGGGAGCAGUGUUAGCUGAAUUCUUCAAGGGACCACUUAUAAGACCCUCUUCACACCACCUUAAACAAACCAACCAACUUCUUGUCUUCUCCUCAACACCAGAGUUUUGGCUUCUUGGUGGCGCUUUGCUUGCUACAGCUUUUUUCUCACUUUCACUUUCCAACUUCAUCCAAAAAGAAACCGUCCAGCAAUAUCCAGAACCAAUGAAGGUGGUUUCUUAUUGUAGCUUAAUUGGAACGAUCCUCAGUGCAGUAGUGUCGUGUAUUGUUGAGAGGGACAUAAUUGCUUGGAAGAUAAAACGUAACAAGGAUCUUAUUCUCAUUCUUCUAACUGCACUGGUAGGAGGUGUGAUUCGUCCAAAUAUUCAAGUAUGGUUAACCAGAAUGAAGGGUCCACUUUAUGUAUCACUUUUCAAGCCCUUUGGUAUUGCAUUCGCCACUACUUUUGGACUUUGCUUCUUUUCUAACAGCCUUCAUUAUGGAAGUGUGAUAGGAGCAACUUUACUUGGAAUGGGGUAUUAUACAGUGAUAUAUGGACAAAUCAAAGGAAAUGAAGAAGAGACAAGCUGUGACGAUAGCUCUGAUUCUUUGGACAAGAAGAUACCUCUUCUGCAAGAAAAGAUGGAAGCUAAGACUAAGAUGUCUGAGUUGCUGCCGUUCAUAAUGAUGGUGAUUAUGGAAGGUUGGACCAUAGGACUCACCAUUUUUGCAAAAACUGCAAUAACCAAUGGAAUGAGCCCAUUUGUGUUCAUAGUUUAUACCAAUGCUUUGGCCACUAUAAUUCUGUUCCCUUGUUCCUUUUUAUCGCACCAAGAGGACAGAAAGCAGCGGCUAACUUUUACUUUCUCUUUGUUCAUGCGAUUGUUGUUCAUCGGUUUGAUAGGGGUAACCAUGACUCAGGCCUUUUUAUUUCUGGGUCUAAGCUAUAGUUCGCCAAUACUUGUGUGUGCCAUGAGCCACUUGAUCCCAACGUUUAAUUUUCUUCUCUCUCUCAUUCUCAGGAAGACAGAGUUGAAUCUGAGAAGCCCUGGUAUCCAAGUCCAAGUGAUUGGUGUGUUGGUAUCAAUAAUGGGAGCAGUGGUAGCUGAAUUCUACAAGGGACCACUUGUAAGACCUUCUUCUCACCACCUUAGACAAACUAAGCAACUUCUUCUCUUCUCCUCAACACCAGAAUUUUGGCUUCUCGGUGGCGCUUUGCUUGCUGCAGCUUCCUUCUCCCUUUCAAUUUCUAACUUUAUCCAGAAAGAAACUCUAGAACAAUAUCCGGAACCAAUGAAGGUGGUUUCUUAUUCUAGCUUAAUUGGAACGAUCCUCAGUGCAACAGUGUCGUGUAUUGUUGAGAGGGACAUAAAUGCUUGGAAGAUAAAACGCAACAAGGAUCUUAUUCUCAUUCUUCUAACUGCACUAGUAGGAGGUGUGAUUCGUUCAAAUGUUCAAGUAUGGUUAACUCGCACGAAGGGUCCACUUUAUGUACCACUUUUCAAGCCCUUUGGUAUUGCAUUUGCCACUACUUUUGCAGUUUGCUUCUUUUCUAACAGCCUUCAUUAUGGAAGCGUGGUAGGAACAACCAUAGUUGGAAUGGGGUAUUAUACAGUAAUGUAUGGACAAGUCAAAGGAAAUGAAGAAGAGACAAGCUGUGACGAUAGCUCAGAUUCCUUGGACAAGAAGAUACCUCUUCUGCAAGAAAAGAUGCAAGUGUAAACAGAAUUUUGAAAGAUUCUAGAGGCAGAGGAAUUCCAGAAUCUUCCUCAGUAUCAUAUAGUUUCAAACUGAUUGUGAUACAAGUUUCUCCCAUGCUGCAAAUAGUUCAACUGUAAUUAACUCAAACUGUAUAUAAAUCAUGAAACACGUAAGUAGCACAAAAACAAGGUGGUUGAAGCCUUUGCAUUGUCGUUGUACAAAAUAUCCGUUUGUGUAUAUAAAUAUAUGUA